AACCAGUGGAUCUCCAUGUCGUCGCUCUCCACCUCCACGCAGAACGUAGCGUUCUCACCUUCCAGGACCUCCAGUUUCCGGGGAAGUUUACGAACAAUAGAACCUAGGUACACUCCAUCGUCGUCUGUCCCAACAUCGUUGAUGGUCAGUCUUCGUGUGGCUCCUUUCUGCUCCAUCCCAUAUUUACUGCUGGGCAUCAGCCGCUGGUCCUCCAGGUACCAGGCAGAUGGGAGCGACUCAUCGGGUACCUCACACUCCAGCACGGCGACGUCCCUCUCCUUCACCUCUAUGUCUCUUAAUGGACGCCUGAACCGCACAGCUGGGCCUGAAGAGCAAGGGAAACGGAGAGGGAAAGAGGAGUACAAACUGGCAGCCACGUCAGAUGGCGGGAGCAAAAAAGCGAAGAAAGCCAAAGGGCAGAAGGAUAUGGAGGAGCUGAAGAAAGAAGUUGACCUGGAUGAUCACAAGUUAACCUUGGAUGAACUUCACAGAAAAUAUGGAACCGACCUAACCAGGGGUCUUUCCAACGCCAGAGCAAAAGAGAUCCUUCUCCGAGAUGGGCCGAACGCCCUCACACCUCCUCCCACAACGCCUGAAUGGGUCAAGUUCUGUAGACAGCUGUUUGGAGGUUUCUCCAUGCUGCUGUGGAUCGGUGCUCUCCUCUGCUUCCUCGCUUACGGUAUCCAGGCUGCCUCAGAAGAUGAACCAGCCAACGAUAACUUGUACCUGGGUGUGGUGCUUUCUGCCGUCGUCAUCAUCACCGGUUGCUUCUCGUACUACCAAGAGGCCAAGAGCUCCAAGAUCAUGGAUUCCUUUAAGAACCUGGUCCCACAGCAAGCCCUGGUCCUCCGUGAUGGCGAGAAGAAGAGCAUCAACGCCGAGGAGGUGGUGGUCGGAGAUUUGGUUGAGGUGAAAGGUGGAGACAGGAUCCCCGCUGAUCUACGAGUCGUCUCUGCUCACGGCUGCAAGGUGGACAACUCCUCUCUGACCGGUGAAUCCGAGCCUCAGAGUCGUACUCCAGACUUCUCCAACGACAACCCACUGGAGACCAAGAACAUUGCUUUCUUCUCCACCAACUGUGUUGAAGGUACUGCCAGAGGAGUCGUCAUCAACACAGGAGACCAUACCGUCAUGGGUCGUAUCGCCACCCUGGCUUCCAGCCUGGACGGCGGCAAAACUCCCAUCGCCAAAGAGAUUGAGCACUUCAUCCACAUCAUCACCGGCGUGGCCGUCUUCCUCGGCGUUUCCUUCUUCGUCCUCUCCCUCAUCCUUGGGUAUGGGUGGCUGGAGGCCGUCAUCUUCCUCAUCGGUAUCAUUGUCGCCAACGUGCCAGAAGGUCUCCUGGCCACUGUCACUGUGUGUCUGACCCUGACUGCUAAGCGUAUGGCCAAGAAGAACUGCCUGGUGAAGAACUUGGAAGCUGUGGAGACCCUGGGCUCCACCUCCACCAUCUGCUCCGACAAGACCGGCACCCUGACCCAGAACAGGAUGACCGUGGCCCACAUGUGGUUCGACAACCAGAUCCACGAGGCCGACACCACAGAGAACCAGAGCGGGGCCUCCUUCGACAGGAGCUCCCCCACCUGGGCUGCCCUGGCCAGAAUCGCUGGACUCUGCAACCGCGCCGUCUUCCUGGCAGAGCAGUCCAACGUUCCCAUCCUGAAGAGAGAUGUCGCCGGUGAUGCCUCAGAAGCUGCCCUGCUGAAGUGCAUUGAGCUGUGCUGUGGAUCUGUAUGCGGCAUGAGAGACAAUUACUACAAGUUUUCUGAGAUCCCCUUCAACUCUACCAACAAAUACCAGCUCUCCAUCCACAAGAAUGCAACUCCCGGAGAGACUAAGCAUCUGCUGGUGAUGAAAGGUGCCCCAGAGAGGAUUUUGGACCGCUGCUCCACCAUCAUGCUGCACGGCAAAGAGCAGCCUCUGGACGACGAGAUGAAAGACUCUUUCCAGAACGCCUAUGUUGAGCUGGGAGGACUGGGAGAGAGAGUGCUGGGUUUCUGCCAAUUCAACCUGCCUGAUGACCAGUUCGCAGAUGGCUUUGCUUUUGACACUGAGGAGGUGAACUUCCCCACAGAGAACUUGUGCUUCAUCGGCCUCAUGUCCAUGAUCGACCCUCCACGUGCUGCUGUGCCCGAUGCUGUUGGCAAAUGCAGGAGUGCUGGAAUCAAGGUUAUCAUGGUCACAGGUGACCAUCCCAUCACAGCCAAGGCUAUUGCCAAGGGUGUGGGUAUCAUCUCUGAAGGCAACGAGACAGUUGAAGACAUUGCUGCGCGCCUGAAUGUCCCCGUCUCUGAGGUCAACCCCAGGGAUGCCAAGGCCUGUGUUGUCCACGGUGGCGAGCUGAAAGAAAUGACCCCCGAGCUGCUUGAUGAUGUGCUGAAAUACCACACUGAAAUCGUCUUCGCCAGAACCUCCCCUCAGCAGAAGCUUAUCAUUGUGGAAGGUUGCCAGAGACAGGGAGCCAUCGUGGCCGUGACAGGUGAUGGUGUGAACGACUCUCCAGCUCUGAAGAAGGCCGACAUCGGUGUCGCUAUGGGCAUCGCUGGAUCUGACGUCUCCAAGCAGGCCGCUGACAUGAUCCUGCUGGACGACAACUUUGCCUCCAUUGUUACCGGAGUGGAAGAAGGCCGUCUGAUCUUUGACAACUUGAAGAAGUCCAUCGCCUACACUCUGACCAGUAACAUCCCCGAGAUCUCCCCCUUCCUCUUCUUCAUCAUCGGCAACAUCCCUCUGCCCCUGGGAACCGUCACCAUCCUCUGUAUUGACCUGGGAACUGACAUGGUCCCCGCCAUCUCCCUGGCUUAUGAAGAAGCUGAGAGCGACAUCAUGAAGAGACAGCCCAGAAACCCAAAGACAGACAAGCUGGUGAACGAAAGGCUCAUCAGCAUAGCCUACGGACAGAUCGGUAUGAUGCAGGCCACAGCCGGGUUCUUCACCUACUUUGUGAUCUUGGCUGAAAAUGGCUUCCUGCCCAUUGACCUGCUGGGGAUCAGAGUGCUGUGGGACGACAAAUUUGUAAAUGACCUGGAAGACAGCUACGGACAGCAGUGGACAUACGAGCGCAGAAAGAUCAUAGAGUUCACAUGUCACACAGCUUUCUUCGCCAGCAUUGUGGUCGUCCAGUGGGCCGAUCUGAUCAUCUGUAAGACCAGGAGGAACUCCAUCCUGCAACAAGGAAUGAAGAACCGUAUCCUGAUCUUUGGACUGUUUGAGGAGACCGCUCUGGCUGCUUUCCUGUCUUACUGCCCGGGCAUGGACGUCGCCCUCAGAAUGUACCCUCUCAAGCCAUGUUGGUGGUUCUGUGCCUUCCCAUACUCCCUCCUCAUCUUCCUGUAUGAUGAAGCCAGAAGAUAUAUCCUUAGACGCAACCCAGGCGGUUGGGUGGAACAGGAGACGUACUACUGAGUCAACACGGAGGGCACAGUCAGUGUUUCAUCGUUAUUUACUGCCAUGUUACAUAUUUGUCUGAGAUGUUCGUCAGACCCCAAAAACUCAAAGCAUGGAAAAAUAUUUUGAUGUAUAUGUCAUUCACAAUAAAACACAUUUCCGUACCAUUGUACAUUGA